CGCCCAACCGCCUUGGAGCAAUAAUAAUGGAGAAGUGCAGGGUGUGUGUAACUGGGGCAGGUGGAUACGUGGCUUCAUCGCUAGUGAAGCUUCUCCUUUCCAAGGACUACAUCGUUCAUGGCACCGUUAGAGACCCUUCUAAUGACAAGUAUGCUCAUCUGAAAAACCUUGACAAAGCUGCUGAAAACCUCAAACUCUUCAAGGCAGACUUGCUAGAUCCCAAUUCCCUUGCUGCAGCCAUCAAAGGAUGCAAUGGAGUAUUUCAUGUUGCUAGUCCAGUUCCUUCAGGCUCUGUACCAAAUCCCGAGGUAGAACUUGUUGAGCCCGCAGUAAAAGGCACACUUAAUGUUCUGAAGGCAUGCUCUGAAGCAAACAUCAAGCGAGUUGUGUUUGUAUCUUCUGUUGCUGCUGCUGCCUUGAACCCCAACUGGCCGAACGGUAAAGUGAAGGACGAGACUUGUUGGUCGGACAGUGAAUACUGCAAAGCAACUAAUAACUGGUACUGUUUUUCUAAAACGAUGGCUGAGAAAGAAGCUUGGUCAUAUGCAAAGCAAAGUGGACUUGAUAUGGUAACUGUGCUCCCAACACUUGUUAUUGGGCCAAUGUUGCAGAAAACAACAAAUGCAAGUAGUUUGGUUCUCAUUAAGCUGCUGAAAGAAGGAUAUGAAGAGCUGGAAAACAAGAGACGGUUUCUAAUAGACGUACGUGAUUUAGCUGAAGCUUUGCUGCUAUUAUAUGAGAGACCUGAAGCUGAAGGUAGAUACCUGUGCACGGCUCAUACAGUGAAAUCAGAGGAUUUAGUUGCCAUGCUGAAGAAACACUACCCCAACUACAACUAUCCUAAACGUUUUACCGAUGUGACGGAUGAAGGAAGUUAUAGUUCGGAGAAGCUCCAGAAGUUGGGUUGGCAAUAUAGGCCACUGGAGGAAACUCUAAUUGAUGCAGUUGAAAGUUACAAACAAGGUGGCUUUCUGGAUUGAAGAAGAGGAGACAUCUCAAGUCCACCUUUUUGCUUAUUGUAAUACUUUGUGGUAAAUAAUUGCUUUGCAUGUCUUUCAAGUAUCUAUAAUAGACAGUCUGGAUUGAGGAGGUUGUACUAUACCCCUUUUGAGUUCUAUUUCGCUGUUUCUUUUUGUUGUUUUAUUUGCUCUCAGUUGGGGUACAGAUUGCUCUCAAUUUGGUCAAGUUCAACCUUGUAUUUCUAUUCCUAGAGCUUAUGAGAUUUGAGAACUAGAAAA